CAUAUUCGACCAUGUUUUUCCCGACGUUAUUACGGAGGGCAGCUGCUCUGCCAAAGUUCGACUUUGCGAGGAAUCCGUACAAAGCAAAACGCACGUGGCCGCCAGACUUUGCAAAACUCUCCCAGAAGCAUCAAUUCCGCCUUGAACGCCGGUACCGUAGGAGGGCAAAGCUGAAGUGGGCAAGACCGACAUGGACAAAGUUCGUCAAGCUGUCCACCUGGGCUACUAUCUCGUACUACUAUGCAAGAGCAACCAACGAUAUGUUCGGCACAGCCAGACGAACUCCUCCUAUCAAGCCUCGUGCUACCUCUGAACAAGAUCAGUCCGCAUCG